GUGAGAUAAGGAUCUGUGUGUGCGUGUGCGUGUGUGUGUGCGUGUGUGUGUUUGUACUGGUUUUGGGGGUUCAAAGGGACAGAAAUGUGUAUAAUGACAUGAGUACGACCUAGUUUUUACAACCCUGAGGUGGUUUAUGAGGACAGGUCUUGUGUUCUUGUAAUACCAAGUGCUUAUAAAUCCUGAUUACCGGGCUCAUUCCCUCAUCUUGGCAUUCAGGAUCUGCCACAGAGUCAGCAUGGACAGCCCCGUGUGCCUGAUAGACACCGCCAGCGAUGGGAAGCUGUGUGUGCAGCCGGCGGCACUGCAGCUCCUCCAGCAGAUCCAGCAGCCGGUGGUGGUGGUGGCUGUGGUGGGGCUCUACCGCACCGGGAAGUCCUACCUGAUGAACCGGCUGGCGGGAAAACACAGCGGGUUUGCGCUGGGCAGCACCAUUGAGUCCAAGACCAAGGGCAUCUGGAUGUGGUGUGUUCCCCAUCCCACUAAAGCAGAGACCACCCUGCUGCUGCUGGACACCGAGGGGCUCGGAGAUGUGGACAAGGGCGACUCGAAGCACGACACCAACAUCUUCAGUCUGGCCGUUCUGCUGAGCAGCACUCUGGUGUUCAACAGCAGAGGAACCAUCGACAACAAGGCCAUCGAGGAGCUCCAAUAUGUCACUGAACUAACAGAGUGCAUCAAGGUCAAAUCCCCAAACGAAGAUGUGGAUAAUUCAACAGAGUUUGUCAAGUUCUUCCCGAGCUUCAUCUGGGCGGUGCGGGACUUCAGCCUGGAGCUGAAGAUCGACGGUGAAGACGCAACAGAGGAUCAAUACCUGGAGUUCGCUCUCAAGCUGAAACACGGCACUUCAAAAAAAGUGAUGGAGUUCAACCUUCCCCGGGAGUGCAUCAAGAACUUCUUCCCCUCCAGAACCUGCUUUACUUUCCCCUUUCCAACCACGCCGGAGAAGAUGUCCAUGCUGGAGCGUCUGGGUCCUGCUGACCUUUGCCCUGAGUUUCAGGAGGUCAGCAAACGCUUUUGCACGUGUGUCUAUGAGAAGAGUGAAGUGAAGCGGCUGAAAGACGGACACACGGUCACCGGCAGAGUUCUGGGUCAUCUAGUGGAGCUGUACGUGAACACCAUCUCCAGCGGGGCGGUGCCGUGUCUGGAGAACGCAGUGGUGGCGCUGGCCCAGAUAGAGAACCAGGCGGCGCUGCAGGAGGCUCUGCAGGUGUACCAGGGGGGAAUGGAGGAGAAGAAGAGAGCCUUCCCUCUGGAGCUGGAGCAGGUCUCCGCAGAGCACCAGAGACUCAGUCAGAUGGCCACACAAACCUUCAUGGCCCGAUCAUUCAGAGACAGCGAUGGGAAACACCUGAAGGCCCUGGAGGAGGAAAUCAAUAAGCUGUUCGAUGCGUAUCUGCGUGAGAAUGAUCAGGCUUCAGUCAAGAAAUGUGAGAAUCUCCUGCUGUCUCUCUCGGCCACGAUGACGGAGAAACACAAGCAAGGCUUCUACGCCAAACCUGGAGGCUACGACGUGUUCUGCAGAGACCUGGAGGACAUCGUGAAGAAGUACAACAGCCUGGUGAAGAAAGAAGUCAAGGCUGAAGUGGUCUUACAGGAGUUUCUGAAGCUGAAAUCUGUGGACUCUAAAGCCAUUCUGCAGGCGGACAGAAAACUGAGCGAGAAGGAGAAGAAGAUUAAGGAGGAGACGGAGAGAGCGGUUCUGCUGGAGCAGGAGGUUAAAGCUAAAGAGGAGACGCAGAGACAGCUGAAGGAGAGGAUGGAGGUGGAGCAGAGGAGUAAUGCCGAGCGGAUGCAGCAGAUGAAGCUGAAGAUGGAGCAGGAGCUGGAGCAGCAGCGGGCGGAGGCGCAGCGGGCGCUGGACAGCAAGCUGAAGGAGCAGGCGGCGCUGAUGGAGAAGGGCUUCCAGGAUAAAGCGGAUCUGAUGAAGCAGGAGAUGGAGGAGUUCAGGAAGCAGGCGUCUGAUGCGGAGAACAGCAGAAGCCGAGAGCUGAAGGAGCUGAUGGAGAACACCAACCGCAGACAUGAGGAGCAGAUGAAGAUGAUGAUGGAGCAGCACCGACAGCAGAUGCAGGAGAUCCAGAGGAGCAGCGGCGGAGGGUCUGGACUGCUCUGCUCCAUCAUGUAGACGCACGGGACACUGCACACGGAGAUUCUUCAACUACAACGGAGACGUUUGAGGAGAGUCCAGCAGCAUCUCUGCCUGAACCUGUUGUUGAUAUCCUCUCUCCUUCUGCUUUAACAUCGGUUCACAUUCAUCAAGCAUGACCAGAGCUUGGUUCAACCCUCCAUACAGUAUAUCAUAUACUCGACAGCUUCAUCACGUGUUCUCCUUCUCAUUCAGCUCCUGCGAGACCUUGUCUGUUACUCAGGCCCUCUCUCCUCUAUAACUCCACAUGAUCUCUAAGUAGUUUAUGCACGUACAGUCUGCUUAGACAGGUUAACCUCAUAUUUUAAUGAGUAAAACAUCAGCCUCAUCCUUUGAGUCUAGUGUUGGGUUGUUCUUGAAUGAAUCUAUAAUGUGACUCUGGAUGGAUGAGUUGACUCAGGGAGUGAUUCGUUCAUUAGCUCAUACACACAUUGCACAGGUGGAGGAGGACAUCAGCUCAUUAUUCCAGUCUUCUGUGGGGUUCAUCUCUCGAGUGCUCCGAUUCCAGCCGUCUGCCAACUAAAUGAAAUAAACGACACCGUACACUAAUAAAGAGCUCAGAGAGAAGGAAAGAACGCUCGUAUGUUUACUUAAUUCAACAACUGAACCAGAAGACUGAUGAAGAUGUGGGAUAUUUUCACUGUGAGAUGCUUUUUCCAUAACUCGUGUGUGUGUGUGUGUGUGUGUGUGCGUGUGUGUGUAAAUGUGUGUGUGUGUGUGUGUGUGUGUGUGUGUGUGUAAAUGUGUGUGUGUGUGUGUGUAAAUGUGUGUGUGUGUAAAUGUGUGUGUGUGUGUGUGUGUGUGUGUGUAAAUGUGUGUGUGUGUGUGCGUGUGUGUGUGUGCGUGUGUGUGUAAAUGUGUGCGUGUGUGUGUGUAUGCGUGUGUGUGUGUGUAAAUGUGUAUGGUGUGUGUGUGUAAAUGUGUGUGUGUGUGUGUGUGUGUGUGUGUGUAAAUGUGUGUGCGUGUGUGUGUAAAUGUGUGUGUGUGUGUGUGUGUAUAUAUCUAAAUGUAUUAUCGCUCUUCUACAGAUAUUCGGUGGGGAAACUCUUAUUUUAAUCAAUAUAACUGUUUAAUAACAUGUUUAGUUGUCUAUAUUUCCUGAGUAAUGAAUAAAACUGCAGAUUUUCAGAA